AUAAACCCAUUGGCCGCCAUUGGUUUUCUUCUAAUUUCAAUGAAAAACUGAAAAGGGUGGAGGAGAUCUGACGUUUGUUUCACCAUCGGGUUGCUUGAAUUUGGGUUUUGGACGGAAUUAAGGAAGAAAUGGUUUGGUCGCAUCCAGACAUAUCCCUGGAAGAUCUGUUAAACUUGAUUAAAGGGUUCGUGGAUAUCUUGAUUCUGGCAUCUGGAUACCAAUCAUCUGGUAUUCCUGCUGUUUGGGAUGCCCAGAAUAUGAGGAAAGCCAUGCAAUGGGGUCUGUUCUUCGAAGAUGUUUUUAGUCGCCUAAGAGGCUUAGACGAUUAUCAAGACUCAAUGAAAGAACUCGAUGCAGCUUUGCUUGUGAUGACAUCAAAUCCUUAUUUCCCUCAGGGUAUAACAAAUCUGUCAUCUGCAAUCCUUAGUAAAGCUAGAGAAUUCGUUCUGCGACAUCUAUUUCAUGUCAUACCAUUAAGAGAUGCACAUCUCAGCACUCUUAUGGCUGCAGCUGUUGAGAUGGAUCUUAAUGAUCUUAAGGAAAGAGAAUAUGACUACCUUAAUGUGUAUCUUGACAAAUUGAAGCUGCAAAAUACAUCAUUAAAUUUGGUUACAGAAAUGAGGGGUUUUAUGAACAAUUCAAUGAUUUCCCAUAAGGAUCGUUCACCAUUUCAUGCCCAAGUUCUGUGUGGUUCAGUUUGUAAUCCUUGUGUUGCAGAAGAUAGUGUGGAUCCUGGAUCCCCUCUCAGUGUUUCAAGUCUUAAGCUCAAUGGAUGCCAUAAUGCUGAUUAUUCUAAGCUUAUCCUUCAAGAGCUUUUGAAGAGACAGACUACAGUAUCAUGCAUAUCAUCAAUUGAGAUGGGAUUGGAUCUACUAUCUGAGUCCUUAUUGCAUGGAAAAUAUGUUGGUUCUGAUUGUGACCUGUUGGAGAAACGUGUAAACUGUGAUACUUCUCCACUGGAUGAAAUUCUGUUGGUUCAGUUUGUUGCAUGGAACUGGUGGAGAUCAAAGAACCUUUCUUAUUUGCUUGACAAGAGAACUAUCAGAAUGGUAUCAGGUGCCAAUUUUAUUUUUUCUGCUCCUAAGGUUCAAUGGCUUCAGGUGUUUGAACGACUGCAAAUUUCAGCUGAAAACCAUGAUGAUGUUUUACUUGAAAUAAUUGAGCUCUCACUAUUAGGGUGUAUUGCAAGCAGAUGGAGUUAUCUAGUUGAACACCUCAUGUCUGUAUCUUAUGAUCUCCUAAAUAUCUCAAAGCAAUAUCAUGAAGUGCACAACUUGCUCCAAGGAGGAUCUCGAUUGCUACAUCCUAGAGGAGAAAUGGAGGAAAAUGGCAUAAUUGAGCAUUUGACAGGGUUGUUAUGUGGACAACUUCACCAUUUAUGGAAAAUAUCCCCAAUUCUUACAGCAACUGCGGUUCCUUCCUGGUCUACCCUGUUCAGAUUGUAUUUGAACGAAAUAGAAGCACAGUUGAAAGGAAGUUCUUCACUGAUUAGAUGCUGUAGUUGUAUCCAAGAUGGGAAAGAGCACAAAGAAUGUGAACUUGCUGAAAGGAUUUGGUGCCUUUACAUCAUUCAUAUUCGUGGUUCACUGCUAAUGAAUAGCACCAGUAGUACUUGACUUAAAUAUUCCAAUGCUGGUAUAUAUUCUAUUACUUGGAAAUUUUCCUUUUAUAUGGUUUUUACAUGGAAAAAAGUGGAGUCU